AAAACUAAGGGAGGGUUUGUUUUGUUUGUGAACACCAUUUUUUUCCUCGUGGAUGUAUACAUACAUGCUGAAUACCCAACUCUCCGUUGACUGAAACAUGUCUAAACUACAGUCGUUUCGUGUGCUUUUAAAUGAGCGUUUAACCGCGGCAGCUGUGGAGAUUUUCGGGGCAUUUGAAGAAACGGUAGCGGAGUACCACGAGGAGAAUGAUCGGCUACGGAGACUGCUGCGGAUCACACCGGAGAUAAAACUAUGUAGAAUAGAUUCCCUGCAGCUCUCUGUCUCUGAAGAGGUUCUCGCUGAGCAGCAGCACUGUGAGCAGGAGUGGAGCCCCAGUCUGGGGCAGGAGAACCCAGAACUUCCACAGAUUAAAGAGGAACAGGAGGAACUCAGGACCAGUCAGGAGGAAGAGCAGCUUCAAGGGCUGGAGGCUGAUAUCAUAGAGUUCAAAUUCACUCCUUCCUGUGUGAAAAGUGAAUGUGAUCAGGAGGACCCACUUCAGUCCUUGACUCUUCCCCAAACCCAGACUGUGGAGAACAGAGAGAGUGACCCUAAACAAGUGGAUCUCACACCUUUUGUUACUGUGACCCACCUUAAGGGUCUCUACAUUCCCUGUGACCCUCAAGAUAAUCAAAACAAUGCCUCCAGCCACAGCUCAGUUGUAUGCAGUGACCCAGUAGGACUUGACAGCAGCCCAUCAUUGGAUCCCAGCCCAUCAUUGGAUCCAAACCCAGCGAUGGGGGAACACUGUUCCAAACCCAGCACCACGUCUAGAAAAACUCACCACUGCCGUGACUGUGGUGAAACGUUUGCUCUGAAAGCUGACCUGCAGAGGCAUAUGACUCUCUACAAGAAGAGACUCCGUGAAUGCAGUUUCUGCAGAAAACGCUGCACCUCCACCUGUAAACUAAAGGCCCAUAUCCGCCUCUGUCACAGUGGGAGACCCUGCAUCUGCCCUGUUUGUGCCAAGACCUUCAAACUCAAAGGAUAUCUGUCCAAGCACAUGAGGAUUCACACAGGAGUGGGAGAGAAACCAUUUAGCUGUGGAGACUGUGGGAAAAGCUUCAAUUUGAAGGGGAACCUAAAGAACCACAUGUUGACUCACACAGGAAAUAAAUCAUUUAGCUGUGGAGACUGUGGGAAAAGUUUCAUUCAUAAGUGGAACCUAAGGAGCCAUAUGCUGACUCACACAGGAGAGAAACCAUUUACCUGUGGAGACUGUGGGAAAAGCUUCAAUCAGGAGGGGAACCUACGGAUCCAUAAACGGACUCACACAGGAGGGAAACCAUUUAGCUGUGCUGACUGUGGGAAAAGCUUCAAUCAGAAGGGGUCCCUAAAGAAGCAUAAACUGACUCACACAGGAGAGAAACCAUUUAGCUGUAGUGACUGUGGGAAAAGCUUCAAUCAGAAUGGGAACCUAAGAAACCAUAAACUCACUCACACAGGAGAGAAACCAUUUAGCUGUGAUGGUUGUGGAAAAAGCUUCACUCAAAAGUCUAACUUACUGACGCAUGUGAAAAAAAUACACAAAGGAGGAAAACAGGAUAAGCUGAAAGAAAGAACAUUAUGACAAAGAUCUAUUUAGUCACAAGAUGAACAUAAAAAGUCAGGAUGUGGACAAUUCUGAGUACACGCUCAGACACACAUAGCUGGAAUAACUGAGAGAAUAGUCAGAUUACCUGAUGACUAAAAUAUUAGUGCAGAUGGCAUUAUUUUGUUACGUGCAUAGAUGUAUUAUAGGUAAUGAAUGUAUAGGGAACUUCUGAAAUUCUACAGAUUGUGUGGCACAGCAGGAAUACACACAAACCAAAAAGUUAAAUAAUGGAAUUAAGGAAUACAUAAAUAUUAGGACAAGCCAUGUCGGAGUGGCGUAGACUAAAAUACAGUAGAACAGAAUACAUUAUAUACAUAUGAGAUGAGUAAAGCAGUAUGUAAAUAUUAUUAAAGUGACUAGUGUUCCAUUAUGCAAGUGGCCAUAAGGGCAGCAGCCUCUAAGGUUCAGGGUUACGUAACCGGGUGGAAGCCGCCCAAGAGAACAUUCUCAAAUAUGUGGGUGUAAAACACUGUUAAAAGCACUGUUUGUGUGGGGGUGGCUGUCCCUAGCAUUUCUAAAAGACAAAGAGCUGAGACUGGAUCAGUGGUUCACCCAGUCAGGGCCUUUGGCAACAGUAACAAAGGGUGAUGUGUAAUGAAACUAGGGUGCGUGUGCCCUGGGUAAACCAUUUCUUUGGGGGGGGGUGGCAUUUCUUUAUGAGCAUCGGGUAAUGUCCUCGGAACAAACCGGGAACUAGACAAAAACCUCCAGGAGAGAGCAUGGCACAAUGUCCCAUUAACCUUCAGGGACCAUGACACAACAUCCCAAGAAUUCCUUAAAAACGUCCUCAAGACCAGCCAGGAAUUAGACAGAUCCUCUAGGGAACCAUGACAACGUCCUUUAGGCGACCAUUUUGUGACAUCCUGGGAGGUCCCAACGACUCAUUGUUUACAUGGAAGUUAUGUUAUUCAUUAAAUAAGUAACAUUUACUCUUUUUUUAAUUGUUAGUUUUUUAACAGCUUUUCCGCUUCAAACAUGAGCAAAGGUGUCAUCAAGGCAAUGGGUGGCUACUUUGAAGAAUCUCAGAUAUAAAAUAUCUUUUGAUUUGUUUAACACUUUUUUUGGUUAUUACAUAAUUCCAUGUGUUAUUUCAUAGUUUUGAUGUCUUCACUAUUAUUCUACAAUGUAUAAAAUAGUACAAAUGUAAACCCUUGAAUGAGUAGGUGUGUCCAAACUUUUGACUGGUACUGUACAGUCGGCCAAAAGGUUUGAUGAUGUUUUGUUCCCCGAGCCACUUAGUUAUCACUUUUGCCUUAUGGCAAGGUGCUCCAUCAUGCUGGAAAAGACAUUGUUCGUCACCAAACUGUUCCUGGAUGGUUGGGAGAAGUUGCUCUCUGAGGAUGUGUUGGUACCAUUCUUUAUUCGUGGCUGUGUUCUUAGGCAAAAUUGUGAGUGAGCCCACUUCCUUGGCUGAGAAGCAACCCCACACAUGAAUGGUCUCAGGGUGCUUUACUGUUGACAUGACACAGGACUGAUGGUAGCGUUUACCUUGUCUUCUCCGGACAAGCUUUUUUCCGGAUGCCCCAAACAAUCGGAAAGGGGAUUCAUCAGAGAAAAAGACUUUACCCCAGGCCUCAGCAGUCCAAUCCCUGUACCUUUUGAAGAAUAUCAAAGCAAUGAUGAAGACACGUGUUUCCUUGCAGGUAACCAUGGUUGACAGAGGAAGAACAAUGAUUCCAAGCACCACCCUCCUUUUGAAAUUUCCAGUCUGUUAUUCGAACUCAAUCAGCAUGACAGAGUGAUCUCUGGCCUGGUCCUCGUCAACACUCACACCUGUGUUAACGAGAGAAUCAUUGACAUGAUGUCAGCUGGUCCUUUUGUGGCAGGGCUGAAAUGCAGUGGAAAUGUUUUGGGGGGAUUCAGUCCAUUUGCAUGGCAAAUAGGGACUUUGCAAUUAAUUGCAAUUCAUUUGAUCACUCUUUAUAACAUUCUGGAGUAUAUGCAAAUUGCCAUCAUACAAACUGAGGUAGCAGACUUUGUGAAAAUUAAUGUCAUUCAACACUUUUGGCCACAACUGUACAUACAUUUUACAUACAGUAAGUACAUAAUAAUACAUGACUGAACAUCGACUCCUUACUCCCACCCUCAGCCCAUCUUACCUAUCGUCAUAGACCACCGUCAUAUAUUUUUGAAUUGUGCUGUGAUGUUUUUUAUACAUUUUGAACCUUUCUAAUCGUAUAGUAUCCACAGAUUGUGAGCCAAAGAUGUAAACUUUUACUACAAGUAAUAUUAUUUCACUGACUGUGGCUUCCAAAUUGCCCAACACUGCUAUUUGUAAGGUUCAUUUUGAACCUGUGACCAGAGACAAGCUACAUGGGGGCAAUACCAAAAUAAAUGCUCUACGGAGUCUGUCUCUGCAGCCAAAUCUACAGAGUUGAGAUUGUUGUAUUCCCCAUAUAUAUAGCAUUCUGUUGGUGACAAGAGUGUUGUAUAAUAAUUGGAAAAACUCGAAGUGUUGAAUCAAGUGUUGUUUUUUGUACCAGUUCAUAAACCAUGUGCCAUGGAAUCGGUACAUUGAAAAUCUCUUCCCAUUUAUUCUGCAAUCUUUAUGGCGCAGCUGUCAACAUUUUUGUCCUCAAAUGAAACUGGUAUAUUUUUCAAAUUAUGCCAAUUCUUUCCAGCCCAUUUGUAUCUUUACUAUAUGGCAGACAAACAAGUGCCUUACCUUCUCCCUCUUC